AUGAAGAAAACUAUCCGCUUAACAUUCACACUGACCAUGUCUUUUCAUUCCCGCUGACACAUGUGAUAGCCAACUAAAUGUCAUUGAAGGAAACGUUUCCCAGUGAUGACAAUGUUGGGUAUGUACGUGCCAGACAGAUUUUCCCUGAAAUCGUCAAAGGUCCAGGAUGGAAUCGGUCUUUACACGGCGAGACGAGUGAAAAAGGGAGAAAAGUUUGGCCCAUUUGCUGGUGAGAAAAAGCUGCCCAGUGAGCUGGAUGAAAGCUCGGACACCAGGCUGAUGUGGGAGGUCCGUGGCAGUAAAGGAGAUGUGCUGUAUAUUCUGGAUGCAAGCAAUCCUCGCCAUGCCAACUGGCUGCGGUUUGUCCAUCAGGCGCCUUCGCAAGAGCAGAAGAACUUGGCAGCGAUUCAGGAUGGGGAGAACAUCUUCUAUCUGGCGGUGGACGACAUAGAGACAGACACUGAGCUUCUCAUAGGCUACCUGGACAGCGAUAUGGAAGAGGAGGAGGAAGAAGAGGAAGAAGUUAUAAACGAUGAAGAUGAGAACAGUAAAGAGGCCAAGCAUCUUGUGGAAAUGGAACUUGUAAUAAAGAAGGAGGACCACCCCUGUUUGCUGUGUGAGAGCAGUUUUCCAAGUGAGGAAAUCUUGGCAGCCCACCUCCAGAGUCUGCACCAGCGGCCCAGCACGGAGGAGAAGGAGUUCAAGUGCAGGAACUGUGGCAAGAAGUUCCCCGUCAAACAAGCUCUGCAGCGCCAUGUUUUGCAUUGUUCUGAGUCACUUGAUCCGUCAGCUGACUCUAAAGCUCACGAAUGCUCCCUCUGCCACUACACCUUCAGCUCAGAAUCCAGUUUUGAACAGCAUAAGGAAGCCUGUAAAGGAGAUGCCAGAUUCAUAUGUAAAGCCGAGAGCUGCGGGAAAAGAUUCAAGAGCAAGGAUGCACUGAAGAAGCACAAAGGCAACGUUCACACAGGGAGUGCACGGCGAAAACUCACGUGCACCAUAUGCAACAGAAAAUGUUCUUCCUCUCUGAAUCUUCAAGAACACAGAAAGAUACAUGAAAUAUUUGAAUGCCAUGGGUGCGAUAAAAAGUUCAUCUCUACCAAUCAGUUGAAACGACAUUUGAUCACGCACUCUGAGAAGCGACCGUACACGUGUGAGAUCUGCAGUCGGACAUUCAAGCGCUUGGACCAGGUGACGGCUCAUAAGAUCAUUCACAGCGUGGACAAACCAUAUAAAUGUAAACUGUGUGGGAAAGAGUUCGCUCACCGCAACGUCUACAAGAAUCACAAGAAGACGCACUCUGAAGAAAGGCCUUUUCAGUGCGAGGAGUGCAAAGCGCUGUUCCGCACCCCCUUCUCUCUGCAGCGCCACCUUCUCAUCCACAACAGUGAGAGGACAUUCAAGUGUGACCAGUGUGACGCCACCUUCAAGAGGAAAGACACGCUCAACGUCCACAUCCAGGUGGUGCAUGACGGCCACAAAAAGUACAAGUGCGAUCUGUGCGAGAAGGCCUUUGUCACGCCGUCCGUCCUCAAAAGCCACAAGAAGACUCACACGGGGGAGAAGGAGAAGAUCUGCCCGUAUUGUGGACAAAAGUUUGCCAGCAACGGCACUCUUAGGGUUCACAUCCGCAGCCAUACAGGUGAACGUCCGUACCAGUGCCCCUACUGCGACAAAGCCUUCAGCAAGAACGACGGCCUGAAGAUGCACAUCCGCACUCACACUCGGGAGAAGCCGUAUAAAUGCAGUGAGUGCAACAAGGCCUUCAGCCAGAAAAGAGGACUGGACGAACACAUGAGGACGCACACGGGAGAGAAACCUUUCCAAUGUGAUGUUUGCGACCUGUCAUUUAGCUUGAAGAAGAUGCUCAGCAGACACAAGCUGACACACAACCCCAACCGGCCCAUGGCAGAGUGCCAGCUGUGCCAUAAGAAGUUCACCAGGAACGACUACCUCAAAGUACACAUGGAGAAUGUCCACGGGGAGACGGAGAGCUAGAGCCAAUUAUGGGAGCACGAAUGAGAUUUAGAUAAAGUCAGGUCCUGUUUUUGUGUACCAGUAAACUACAAAUACAUACUGGCGUGUGCAGAUGACUCGAUAGCAGAAAUGCUGACAUUAAUAAUAGAUGUAUGUCAAAGACGGGAACCAUUAAGACAAGCAUUUUAAAAUUGAAACAUAGAUUGUACUGUACAUUUGUCUUUCCUUUUCCUUCCAUCAUAUGGUUUCCACAUUGUUUUCAACGUUUGAAGAAACAGAUUCCCUGAUAUGUCGGAUCUGCCUCUGGAGCCACUGUGUCUGCUCACAGAAACGCCUUACUUCCAGUCUUUCUGACUUGUGACCAGUGUUAAUGCACAUAUUGUCUCAACUUAAACCUCCUCCAUUAUUGUCUGAAGACCUUUCUGUAGACAAAUGUUGAAGAAAACCUGCAUCCAAGAAUCUUUCAGGGCACUUUUUUUUAAGUUUUAUUAACAUCCGAUCCACAUGUUUACAUCUUUCUGUCACAAAAAACACUCGUUUGUAGGGAAGCUCAACAUCCUUCAUGUGUAUUAAGUUAUUCUAAGAGCGUACUACACUUGUAAUGUAACAGUGCUGUCGAUCUGCAGAUGGAGGACUGCAGCUCUGAAAACGGUAACCAGCUGCGUAAUCGGAAACAGCUCACAAUUUUCAACUUUUGUUUACAUGAUAGCCAGAGAGUAUAAACAUGCUGUCGUUAGUCUUUCAUUCAGCUUUUUCUAGAUCUACUUGGGGAAAAGGUAGUUAAAUUAGACCCAGAUUUUACAUGUUUUCUGUCUGUUUUAUAUAGGACUUGUUGUCAUAGCUGUUGGAUCUCCAUCAUUAGCCUGAGAUGAAUGCUUGCAGCCAUUCCUCACGAACCCAACGUGUUUUCAUACGAAUGGCCCCGAUUGUCAUGGCUUAUAGUAUCUGUUUACAUUGUUUUAUAUUAAUCAUUUCUCAAUAAAGAGUUUGACAUAUUUCAUUUAAA